CAGCUAUCUUCAUACCUUGUUCACACUUCUGUUAAAGCACAUAUAAGUCCAUAUCUACACCACAAAUUUUCCUUUCUCCACUCUUCACAUCUACCCGCUGCCUCAUAUUUUCCUUCUUUUUCCCAGCAUUUUUCCUGUUAAUUUCAGUUUCGAAUUAAUUUUCUUAACUUCCAUGUUUAAUAUUGCUUUGGUUAGGCUGAGAAAACUAUAUGUUCUUCGCUUUGUUGCUGUUGCAUGAUACAUAAAGGGGGAGCCCUCAAAGAUUUAUAAAGUGGAUCGAAGACAAGGGAAGAGGCCACUUCCAUCCGAUGAAGCGGAAGAGAAAGAGGAAGAAGCUGACCAUAUCUUUCCUGUCUACUCAGCUAGGUCUCAACAAGACAUGAACGCUAUGGUUCAAGCCCUAGCUCAAGUUAUUGGAAACAACAACAAUAACCCACUUCUUCAACUUCAUGACCAUCAUCAAAACCCAACUCAUCAAGUACAAAACCAAUCUCAUGAUCAACAAGCUCAAGAUCAAGGGAAUGUGAGGAGAAGACACUAUAGAGGAGUAAGGCAAAGGCCAUGGGGGAAAUGGGCAGCUGAAAUAAGAGAUCCAAAGAAGGCUGCUCGGGUUUGGCUUGGCACGUUUGAAACAGCUGAAGCAGCUGCCUUAGCUUAUGAUGAAGCAGCUCUUAGGUUUAAAGGAAGCAAAGCAAAGCUUAACUUCCCGGAAAGGGUUCAAGGAAGAUCCGAAUCAGGUUAUCUAACAACUCGCCGAGAAGUGGAAAGAGCGGCGCCGCCCACACUACCUCCUCCUCCACUUCCUUUUCAACCAACAUAUCCCAAUCUUUCUCAUUACGCGCAGCUUCUUAGGGGAGGAUCAGGCAAUGCUUUAAACUAUCCUUUGCCAGCUGCUGCUUAUGGGACACCAGCCAGGCCAGCUUUUACUUCACACACUACUCUAUCUUCAUCUUCAUCUUCAUCUUCAUCUUCUACAACGUUUACAUCUCAACAACAACAACAAGAAGAGUACUUCGGUGGAUUUUCUCUGCAGUUCGGUGGUUCAUCUCCAAGUUCAGAUCCUCCUAAGAAUAAGAGAGAUUAUGAUUAUUACUAUUCCAAAGAAUAGGUAAUCGACAUGUUUGCUUUGGUUUUUUUUAACCAAAGACAGAACACAUCAUUUGAUGCAUGUUUUGGGUUUUUCCUUUUUUGAUUGCAUUUCUUUUCCUUAAUGCUUGUUUAAAACCCUCAUCAACUUUUUGUGUUCAAGUUUUUUGGUAAUUCAAGAACGUUCGUUUGAUAAAAUUUACAGGUGUUUCUAGUUAUAUUAUUCAUGCAUGUUCUAAGUUUUCCAAAAUCCGAACCUCUUUAAAAAGAUAAAAAGGGAAAUAACACGAGCUACGCUAAUUAGAUUUUAGACAAAAAUGUAGUGAAAAUAGGAGGAGCAGUGCAUUAGCUUUAGUUUCUUCACAUGCAAGAAAUCUUUAGGGAUACACAUAUUCUUGUGGCCAAACUCUGUUUAGUGAGAUCAUCGCUCAUGUAAGCAAAUUGGGGUUUAAAAUUCAAUUACUAUAUAUAUAUAUAUGAAGAAUAAAUUAGAGAGUAGAGAUUCCUUACGCAUUGGCUCAUGUAAUCUCUUUAUAAAAUGUCAAUCCACUAAAUUUAAUAUUUAAAUUUCGAUACUUGAAAUGUGACUUUUUUUUAUAAAAAAUUAUAAACUAAAGAGUAGAUAGUACUUCCUUCCGCAUUCAAAUUACUU